CACACAAUGGCUAGCUACUUCGCUGAUAGCAUGUGCAGAUAGGUGGUAUAUAGGUACGCUUUCUAUCUGCUCAGUUUCAUCUGAAAUUCAUCAUCCAAUGAUAUGACAUCAUCGUAACCAUCUCAAAGUGGUAAACAACUGCGGCGCUGUCCGCCUUGGCCAUGACCCCUAUCGACACGCCGCAGAGGCCAGCCGACCGCUGUGACCCUUCAAUCAAAUCACCGUCGGAUUUUGUCAGCCAUUGAACAUGCCACUGAACAAAAGCUGAUGAGUCAGUACAGUAAGCUACGCCUCCAUUUUUAGGCCGUGAAACGUCAACGAGGCCAGCAACCCAGGACGCCAUGACGGCUGCCACCAUCCGGGCCAUCCCUUAACCUUAUUUCUCGGCCGAGUUCGAUCCCAUGAUUUUCCCCGGCGACCAUCAUCAUGAUUAUGGAAUGUUUCCGCUGCCUAAGAGCCGGAGAAGUCGGCUUAGGAUCGGCCGGGUCUGCGGGUAUCGUGCGGCAAGGGGGCGAUCAACCCAGGAAGGUCAUCAUCAAGUCGAAACUAGGCGAAUAGGCAGAGGCGCCUUGAUGAGAAGAGAAUUGGACCGGAGAACUUGGGCUUUUAGCAGUGAGGUGGAUGUGAUCGAAAGAGUAUAAAUCAGACAGAUCUCGCUCACUUGAAAGAAACUAUUCAUCAGCAUCAACAACUACAACACCAGCAAACAACACUUUCAAACACUCACACAAAUAAUCAAUCUUGCCAUCUUUCAAAAUGCGUGCCACCACCACCAUCCUCUUCAUCGCUUCCCUCGCCUCCACCGCCUUCGGUGCUGCGACCAAGAUGUUUGACGACGAGAACUGCCAAAAUGAAGUCGACAAAAAGGUCUUUAACGGCUUCUCCACCGGUGACGCUCCCCUCACCGACAACAUCAAGUCCAUCCGCACCGACUCCCGCGUCGACACCUGGUUUGCCUACCAGCGCAACGACGGCGAGGGGUGCAAGGGCGAUCUCAUCACCAGAGUCAACAACGGUGAUUGCAUCAAGGUUUCUGACUUGGGCAUUGGGUGCACGCGGUUGUGUGCCAGUGGUUUGGGUGCUGGCAGCUGUGUUGCUACCACUAUCCCUUAA